AAAAAAAGGGUUUAAUAGUCCACACACAGCUCCAUCAUGACAUCCAUCGUUUUAACCACGCGUGCGUGUGUGGCUCUGGACAAACCGACGCCCCGAUCCAACCAACCCAAUCCAUCAUCCGUCCCAACACCAUCGCACCGUCUCCUCCGUGCACCUUCGCGCGAACGCACGCUGGCCCAUGUGCACGAGCGUCGGAUUUAUGCAAACAGCGCCUCGUGUGCACGCGCCUCGGGUUUCUACACACAGCCCGUCCCGUGCACGCGCCUCGGGUUUCUACACACAUCGCGUCGCAUCACGCCAUCGGAGUCUCCGCCAGCUGCGCAGCCUCACUCCGUGACAUCAGGGCAUCCACUGCUCUACGCGGAUUUAUCUUUAUUUAAUUCAUUAAGUUAUAUAAUAGAGUCCAGGACGCAGCGAGCCCUCGAACUACUGAAUCUCCGGAUCCGGCGUCCUGAUAGACUUGAAACGACAGCGGUGACCCACAUAACUGACAAGAGAAGCCCGGUCGACGGAGACACACGCAGACACGCACACGCAGACACACACACGCAGACACGCACACGCAGACACACACGCAGACGCAGACACACACGCAGACACACACACGCAGACACACACGCAGACACAGCCAACUGUGCAGCAGCUCCCUGGCAGGAACAGGCGGAGAGGAGCGGCAGCAGCCGUAGGACCCCCCAGGACCCCCCAGGACCCCCCAGGACCCCCCAGGACCCCCGGACAUGGCGGACCCCCGCCUCACCUCGCCCUCCCAGACCCCCCUGCGCUCCCCCGGCUCCCGGCUCUCGCUCUCCUUCCCCUUCCUGCGGGAGGGCAGCCGGGUGUGGGAGGAGGGGGGGGAGAGACCCCGCACGCUGCCCAGCCCGCUGCCCACCAAGCGCACACGCACCUACUCCGCCACCGUACGGGCCCAGUCCGGUCCGGUCUUUAAGGGCGUGUGUAAGAACUUCUGCAGGUCACAAGGUCACGGGUUCCUGAAGCCCUCCCACGGUGGGGAGGACAUCUUUGUUCACAUCUCAGACAUCGAGGGGGAGUACGUCCCGGUGGAGGGCGACGAGGUCACCUACAAAGUGAGCCGCGUGCCGCCCAAGAACCUGAAGGUGCAGGCGGUGGAGGUGAAGAUCAUCCACCUGAACCCGGGUACCAAGCACGAGACCUGGUCCGGGCAGAUCCUCAGCUCCUAGGCGGGGGCGGGGGGGGGGGGAGAUGGGGG